CCACGGUCCCGUCUCGCACAGCCGCGCAUUCGCACCACCAGCGUCGCACGCAUUCGCCCGCCUCCCUGUCCAGCCUCCAGCCACAAGUGACAAGUGACAGGUCCUCCUCCCCCCCUCCCAACGCGCUCCGCCGGGUCGCACCGCCGCCGCCGUCGCCGUCGCCCGGACCCAGUCCCGACCCCGUUAAAAGCCCGGCCGGCGCGCGUGCUCGCUUCUCACUUCAUUUUUCCUCUCAGAGAAAGGAAAGGGGGAAGGAUAAACAAACAGACCAACAAACAAAUCCACUGACGGCCGGGGGGAAGAAAAGGCGAUGGGAACAGUGCUGGACUCCCACUUCCUGGCGCUCACCGCCCUCGUCACCGUCGGGUACCAGCUGGUGUUCUUCAUCAUCACAGCUCUCCUCCGCUUCGACAAGGUCACCGAUUUCGCAGGCAGUACAAAUUUUGUCAUAAUCGCCGUCCUUGUAGCAGCUUUGAAGGGAACAUGGCACUUCCGCCAGAUCGUGUUGACAGUGCUUGUUAUAAUCUGGGGACUUCGUCUGGCAGUGUUUUUACUAAUGAGGAUUUUGCAAUGGGGAGAGGACAAACGGUUUGAUGAGAUGCGCAGUAACUUGGGAAAAUUAGCCGUCUUCUGGAUUUUUCAGGCUGUCUGGGUUUGGACUGUCAGCUUGCCUGUUACUAUUGUGAAUGCAAGUAGCAGAAACCCUUCAAUUGAAGCUCGGGAUAUCAUUGGUUGGAUAAUGUGGGCCAUCGGGCUAGCUGUGGAAGCUAUAGCUGAUCAACAGAAGCUUAAAUUCAAGAAUUCUCCAAGCAAUAGGGGAAAGUGGUGUAAUGUUGGUCUUUGGAGUUAUACUCGCCAUCCAAAUUACUUUGGGGAGAUGUUCCUUUGGUGGGGGGUGUUUGUAGCAUCAACCCCAGUCCUCUCAGGAGCUGAAUGGCUUGUAAUCUUGGGACCCAUCUUCCUGACGCUCUUGCUUCUUUUCGUUAGCGGGAUCCCACUUCUUGAGUCAUCUGCUGAUAAGCGCUUCGGUCGGUCUGAGGAAUACCGCACAUACAAGAAAACCACAAGUCCUCUUAUCCCAUUGCCGCCGGUUGUGUAUGGAGCCCUGCCCGAUUGGUUCAAGGUGGCAUUCCUCCUGGAGCUGCCCCUCUACAACCCCGGACCGGAACGCGACCCUGUCAGCUGAGCACUGAAUGCGCAUUGUUCUUCUGAUCACAAGUGAUUAUAUACAUGUAAUGUACUGCUUUUAUUCUGGAUGGGUGAUUCUUUUCCCAUUGAUUUCAAAGGUUUACAGUGAAGUUUGUCCAUAUGUAUCUACGUAUCUCCCAAGAUGUUCAAAAGCAUAGUUUGUGUACUUGUCUUUAACAGGGAUAUUGUGUACUUGUGUUAAUAGUGGAAAAGUUUGGUUUUAUUU